CGCCGCCCCCGCCCCUCCCCCGCCGCCCCCUCCGCUCCCAGUCCUCCUCCUCCUCCUCCUCGUCUUCGUCCUCCUCCUCCUCUUCUCACUUCUCGUUCUCCUUCUACUUCUCCUCCUCUUUCUUCUUUCUUCUCUUCUUCUUCCUCCUCCUCCUCCUCCUCCCGCUCCUCCCCCACCCCUGCCCCAUUGAUGUGUUGUUAUUGGGGGGGCUGGAGCAGUAAGAAAAGGAGGAGGAAAAAAGGAGCGGGGCUCGGCUGGGAGCGGCUGGGCGCGGGGCCGACGGGCGGCGGCGGCGGCGGCGAUGGAAGAACUUACGGCGUUCGUCUCCAAGUCCUUUGACCAGAAAGUGAAGGAGAAGAAGGAGGCGAUCACGUACCGAGAGGUGCUGGAGAGCGGGCCGCUGCGCGGGGCCAAGGAGCCGAGCGGCUGCGCCGAGCCCGGCCGCGACGACCGCAGCAGCCCGGCAGUCCGGGCGGCCGGCGGAGGCGGCGGCGGAGGAGGCGGAGGCGGAGGCGGAGGAGGCGGAGGAGGUGCAGGAGGAGGAGGAGGAGCAGGCGGAGGAGCUGGAGGAGGGCGCUCUCCCGGCCGGGAGCUGGACAUGGGCGCCGCCGAGAGGAGCCGGGAGCCGGGCAGCCCGCGGCUGACCGAGGGUAACGGCCCGAUCCCCCGGCCGCGAACGAAGCCAAGGCAGAAUAAGGUCCGGGCUAUGCUGCUGCUCCCGGGAGAGACGUUUAGGAUUCAUUUUAGGGUUUUGUCCCCGGAGCUGAAGGAUCGCAAAGAGGAUGCAAAAGGGAUGGAGGACGAAGGCCAGACCAAAAUUAAGCAGAGGCGAAGUCGGACCAAUUUCACGCUGGAACAACUCAAUGAGCUAGAGAGGCUUUUUGACGAGACCCACUAUCCGGACGCCUUCAUGCGGGAGGAACUGAGCCAGCGGCUGGGGCUGUCAGAGGCCCGAGUGCAGGUUUGGUUUCAAAAUCGAAGAGCUAAAUGUAGAAAACAAGAAAAUCAGCUCCAUAAAGGUGUCCUCAUAGGGGCUGCCAGCCAGUUUGAAGCUUGUCGAGUUGCACCCUAUGUCAAUGUAGGUGCUUUAAGGAUGCCAUUUCAGCAGGAUAGUCAUUGCAACGUGACGCCCUUGUCCUUUCAGGUUCAGGCGCAGCUGCAGCUGGACAGCGCCGUGGCGCACGCGCACCACCACCUGCACCCGCACCUGGCCGCGCACGCGCCAUACAUGAUGUUCCCGGCGCCGCCCUUCGGACUGCCGCUUGCCACGCUGGCCGCGGACUCGGCCUCUGCCGCCUCAGUAGUGGCGGCUGCCGCUGCCGCCAAGACUACCAGCAAGAACUCCAGCAUCGCCGAUCUCAGACUGAAAGCCAAAAAGCACGCGGCUGCCCUGGGUCUGUGACGCCACCGCCAGCGCCACCGUCGCGCCUCCCGCGCGGCGCUCAGCCUGCACGCCCUCCGCGCUCCACUGCUUCUCCGUUACCCCCUUCGAAUCCCUGGAGCCCGCCCUCUUUCCGCCCUGCUGACCAGCCCCUGUCCCCUUCUGCAGCCCGGACUCGAAGGGCCGGACUCCGCGCCAGACCCGGGAUCCCCCGCGGCGCACCUGCCCCGUGGCUCCCGCCCAGUCCACCCAAGGGCCUAGAAAUGGGCUUUGUAGGAGCGGGUUUGGGGAAGUCCGGAGAGAGACUGGACGAGAGAGUGUGGACAGCGGAGUGUGGCUCACGACAAAGCUGCGACAUGGACUCACAUAGAAAUAAAAUCUUGACAAAAAUGAGGAAAAAAAAUAGAAAAGACAAACCUGAGAAAAAAGAAAAAGGAAACUUAUUUCUUAUUGCUGUUUCGCAGAAGCUGAAAUCGGAGAGAAGGAAGGAGCAAAACCGUUUUAAAAAAAUUAAAGUAUUUUAUACAUUAAAAAAAAAUACGGGAAAGUAACCUGGACGAAUCUCGAGAGAAUGGGGGAGGGGGUUUUACCAACUUAAAUGUAUGUGUGUGUGUGUUUUUUUUUUAAUGGGCUAAGAAGGCAAAACAGAAGGAAGAGGUAUACUUAUUUAAAUAAUUAUGAUGAAAAAAGUGCGCAGCUGGGAAGUUCACAGGUUUUGAAACUGACCUUUUUCUGCGAAGUUCACUUUAAUACGAGAAAUUUGAUAAGAGAGGCGGGCCUCCUUUUACGUUGAAUCAGAUGCUUUGAGUUUAAACCCACCAUGUAUGGAAGAGCAAGAAGAGGGAUGAGAGUCCAAAAACGAGAAGAGGAAAAAAUGAUAUUAAUACAAAAAAAGAUGCCACAGACAAUGAUUUCCCUGAGAAAUUAUUAUGGCAGAACUGUCCGGACUGCUGACAGUAAAUUCUGGUUUGCAUGUUACUUGUAUUCCAUUGAUGGUGUCUCCCCCUACCCCUCUUUACUCAUGUGCACUCACUCCAUUUUCAUCUUCAGAACAACAACAACAACGACAAAAAAACAAUACCAGAAGCAUCUGGAAAUUGAUAUAUAUGUCUAUUUGCCCUGUCUUUGAUCCUGCGGGGUGAAUGGGAAAAGUCAUGAGGGGAGGGAGGAAAUACACUCUGGUUGUUCCAAGCGGACAGAGGCAGGCAAAAGGUGUGGGGGAAGGACAAAGAAGACAGAAAACCAAAAGAAAUAAAGUCCAACGCCUAGCACACAGUAGGCGCUCCAUGGGUGUUAGUCCCUCCCUCCCUGUUUCUCUGUUCCCUCCUGCUGGCUUCCGGAAGUCCUAUUUGAGGGCAGUGCUUGAUUUCCCGCUCUCUAUCCAGACAAAUCCACCUAAAAAAGCACCCAGCUAUAUACAGGCACUAGGUUUGUGUAAAAUAUGUUGAUACACACGAACAAAGUUUAUUUUGGCUAUAAUGUGUGAACUGAUGGUUGACUUUCAACAUUUGCAUUUUAUCUCACAAAGGUGUAUCUAUUCAAGUAAUCUUUUUUUUGUUUGUUUCAAUUCAUGUAGCUAUUUAAACUGGGAUACCUUGGAUUAAGCAAUCUGUAUCUAGCAAGCCUCUUUAGUUUUAUUAAUUUUUUCCUUCUAAUUUACAAGAAAGAGAAAAAGCUCUUCUCACUGAACUUUGGUAUGCGGUUGAGCUUUGUAACUAUUUGUUCUCCAUGAAAACAAAAUUAUUUAUAUUUGCCAUAUUUUUUCUAGUGUAUUAAGUUAUUUUAAACAAAAGAAGAUGCUGUUAUCUCAUGACGUGUUGUCAGUACAAAAUGUUUCGGCUCCACCUCUGUAAAACGUUUUAAAUAAGUGCCAAGUUAUUAAUCGAAGACACUUUGCGAUCAAUUGAAUGAAAAUAGUAUUGUUUCAUUUGAUGGGGUUCGCGUCAUCUUUGUUCCUGUUACUAUUAAAAUA